AUGAGGUUCUUCCAGGAGCAGCUGGACUCAGACACAGGAGUCUUUGUAGAUCCUCAGCUGGAGGAGGUGGACAGCAUGAGAGUCCAGUGUCGAGCCUGGGGGUGCGCCCUGUUGCUGCCAGUGUCCUUCCUCGGGUUCUUGCUUGUCGUCACACUAGGUCUGCUCCAGAGGUCUGUUCGGCUAGUGAAUGGACGGAACCGCUGCGAGGGCCGCGUGGAGAUCCAGCACAACGGCACGUGGGGCACCGUGUGCGACGAUGACUGGGACAUGGUGGACGCCAACGUGGUGUGCCGGCAGCUGCGUUGUGGUUCGGCCGUGGCCGUGGCCAGCAGCUCUAUGUUUGGCCAGGGCUCCGGGCUCAUCCUCUUGGACAACGUGGACUGCACAGGCAUCGAAUCAGACUUGGGCCGCUGCGGGAGCCUUGGCUGGGGGAUCCACAACUGCUACCACUACGAGGAUGUGGGCGUCACCUGCAAAGAAACAUCGGCGCUGGAGGUGCGGAGCCAGGAGACGACCAGCGCAGCUCCUCGUGCCGACGGCCUGAGGGAUGGCACCAUCCGGCUGGCGGGCGGGUUGGACCGCUGCCAAGGCCGUGUGGAGAUCUUCUACCGCGACAGCUGGGGCACAGUGUGCGAUGAUGACUGGGGCAUGCGGGCUGCCGGUGUGGUGUGCCAGCAGGUGCAGUGUGGCCGCGCCCUGACCGCCACCACCAACGCCUACUUUGGCUACGGCACAGGCCUUAUCCUCCUGGACAACGUCAACUGCAACGGGAACGAGCCUCAGCUCUCCUCCUGCUACAGCCUGGGCUGGGGCAUCCACAACUGUGGGCACCACGAGGAUGCCGGCGUCAUCUGCACAGGAUCAGGAUCCACCACAGCAGUCCCAUCCAACACUGAGACUAUGGGCAGAGUCAGGAUUGGCCCCACUGCCAGUACAGCGGUAACAGGUGUUUCAUUCGCAGUCGUUGAAACGACAAUAAGGACAACUACGACCGCAACCAGAACGACAACAAGGGAGCGUGCCGGCAUCCGUGUUGCCAAUGGCAACAGCAGCUGUCAGGGGCGCGUAGAGGUGUUCCACGAUGGCCAGUGGGGGACAGUGUGCGAUGACGACUGGGAUCUGGCCAACGUGCAGGUGGUCUGCCGGCAGCUGGGCUGUGGCCUGGCAGUGGCUGCUGUGCCUUUGGCCUACUUUGGCUAUGGUGAAGGGCCCAUCCUCCUUGACAACGUUGACUGCCGGGGUGACGAAGCUGAGCUCGCCAACUGCUUCCACCUGGGCUGGGGCCAACACAACUGCGGCCAUCACGAGGAUGCCGGAGUCAUCUGCAUGUCAUCUCAACCCACUAUUCCAACUUCAAGAGACUUCGGGGCGACGUUUAAGAUUCCAACAUCAAAAACGCCAAAGGAAGGGGAGGUGAGGUUGGCCAACGGACAGCACCGCUGCGAGGGCCGGGUGGAGGUGUUCCUGCGGACGCAGUGGGGCACAGUGUGUGACGAUGCCUGGGACCUGCCGGACGCCCGUGUCGUGUGCCGCCAGGUGGGCUGUGGGCCGGCAGCCAGCGCCCGGGGGGAAGCCUUCUACGGACGAGGCGCCGGCACCAUCCUCCUGGACAAUCUCAAGUGCAGCGGCGAGGAGGGCUCGCUGCUCGAGUGCUCCCACAUACCCUGGAACGUGCACAACUGUGACCACUCGGAGGAUGCGGGCGUAGCUUGUUUGCUCUCGUGA